AUGCAACUCCGCCAUUUGUGCUCGUUGCUGCCUGCCAGCGGUAGCACCAACCCAGCAUAUCCUCAUGAUGGCAAAGUCACCGCGGUGUGUUACUCCCCCAACAAUCGCAGGCUGGCAGUCUGUGGAUCGGAUCGUGUUGUUCGACUAUUUGACGACCAAGGGCGGCCAGCGGAUAAAUUUUCGACUAAGCCGGCCGACAGAGGGCCAAAGACGUAUGUUGUGAGGGCCAUGAGCUUUUCCCCAGAUUCUACUAAGUUGGCUAUCGCCCAAAGCGACAAUAUUGUUUUUGUAUACAAGCUUGGGCUUGAAUGGGGCGACAAAAAGACCAUAUGCAACAAGUUCUUGCAGACCUCCCCCAUCACUGCAUUGACAUGGCCUUCGAGUAGACAAAAUGAGCUUGUGCAUGUGCCCAGCGUCACAAAAGAACAAAAGAAUAACGGGCUCAUAUGAUCCGCAUGACCCGGUUGCAGGUACGGACUUGCAGAGGGUAAAGUAAAGAUUGGCCAGCUUAGAUCAAAUAAACCUGCAAGCUUGUAUGCCACUGGUUUUUAUGUCUGUGCGGUCGCAAGCUCAGCGAGUGGUCAUGGCAUUUGCUCAUCACACGUGGACGGUUCAAUCCACAAAUUUUCCUUCCACCAGGUUCGUAUUACACGUCGAUAGCUAGAAUCUAGCCAUUUUUACCGCAAGUAAGUAGGCAAAUGGUGGUACCACCAGCACAAAAAUUGCUGCUCACACGCAAAUAGCCUGUGUCUAGCUACUUAAAUUCUUGAGUCGAGGCUGUAGGUGUGUACCGUAUGCAUUAGCCUGGGGUCACUCGAUAGUUGUCGCUGGCAAUGACGGUGCUGUUGUCUUCUAUAAUGAGACAGGGGAAGUUGAAAGGCGAUUUGAUUCUACAGUUCCUUCAGAGAGAGCCAAUUUGGAAGUAUCCGCGACACCAGAAGCAAAAACAAGGGGUGAAUUUACAGUUGCGUGCUUUAAUCCCACAGGAGACACCGUUGUGCUUGGUAACUGGAAUUCGUUUUACUCGUAUACGUACAAUCAACGUCAAGACUCUUGGGAAGAGAUCGGCCCCAAGCACAUACAAAAUUUGUAUGCAAUUACUUCAUUAGCAUGGAAGCAUGACGGCGGGCGGCUUGCAGUUGGUUCUCUUUUUGGUUCUCUCGACCUCUAUGAUGCAUGCGUACGGCGAUAUCAGUUCAAGAAUAAAUUCGAAUUUACCUAUUCUUCUUUGUCACAAGUCAUCGUAAAACAGCUCGAGACGGGCAGGCGCAUUGUACUUAAAUCAGUAUAUGGAUGUGAAGUUACAAAAAUAAACAUAUACCAGGAUCGCUACGUUGUUGCCAACACCAGGGAUAGCUCGUCAACAACAGAAACCCUGCUGCUUGGUGACCUGACGACUUACAAAUUGUCUGAAAUAUCCUGGGAAAAUGGUGGGAACGAAAAAUUUGUAUUCGACAACCCUGCAUGCUGCAUUGUAUAUCAUGCUGGCGAGUUAACACUCGUUGAGUACGGUUGCAAUGAGGCAUGUGGCACUGUCAGAACAGAUUACAUUUCGGGACAUCUACUAUCAGUGAGAAUGAACGAACCUCAACCAACACGAGCUGACGAUGAUUUCGCUAAUAGCAAAAAGAUGGCUUACCUUCUCGACGCUCAAACGAUUAACAUAAAGGAUCUCGUCACUGGGAGUUCAUCAACAGUUUCUCAAAAUUCCAAAAUUGAUUGGCUUGAAUUGAAUGGCCGUGCAAACUUGCUUUUAUUUCGGGAUAAGCGCCGGCAGUUGCACCUCUAUGACGUCAGAACACAAGCGCGUACGACGUUAUUGACCUACUGUACAUAUGUACAAUGGGUCCCGCACUCUGAUGUCGUGGUCGCACAGAAUCGUGGUAGUUUGUGCGUCUGGUAUAAUAUCCAUACUCCAGAUCAGGUGACUGUUCAUCAAAUAAAAGGCCGUGUGGUGGACAUAGAGCGCGCGAACGGUCGCACUGAAGUGAUUGUUGAUGAGCUCCUCUCAACAGCCUCCUACCUGCUCGAUGAGGCACUCAUUGAAUUUGGCUCGGCAAUUGACGAUCAUGCUUAUGAUCGUGCGGCUGACAUCCUGGAAAUUCUAGAGCGUUCUCCUGAGGCGGAGGGUAUGUGGAAGAAACUCGAAGAGAUAGCAUUCUCGGGAAACAACUUACUCGUCGCCCAUCGCUGCGCCGCGGCACUAGGAAACGUUGGGAGAGCACGGUAUUUACACCGGCUUAAUAAAUUAGUUCGCAAAAACGCUAUGGGACUAGAUUAUUUCCUUGUCCGAUCACGGCACGCGCUACUCCAAAAAGAUGGAAGAGCAGCUGAAAACAUACUUCUGUUGCAAGGCAAUGUGACUGAGGCCAUUCGCAUGCACCACCAGUUACAUAAUUUAGAUCGUGCCGUUGCGAUUGCAAAAGAAAGGAAGUAUCCCGAUGCCAUGAAAAUGCAACUCGAUCAUUUUCAGUAUUUGCUAGAUUCGAAUCAAGUGUCAAAAGCUGCAUAUCUGAAGGAGGCAGGAGGCGAAUUCCUGCCAGCGAUCGAGUUGUAUCUUCAAGGUGGUAUGCCGAGCCAUGCUGUGCGUUUGAUAAAACACAACAACGUCGACAAUUCGCCAGCAAUAGUAGAACAAGUAGCAGCAUCGUUUACAUCGGGUGGAUUGUAUGAACAAGCUGGGGAAUUUUAUCAAUUUGCGGAUCAGCUCCAGCGGGCGAUGGAUGCUUUCUUAAAAGGAUCUUCAUUUCGCAAAGCUGUGGAGCUUGCUCGGAAACAUUUUCCUGGGCGAGUUGUUGAGCUUCAUGAGCGCUGGGGUGACUACUUAAUUGAAAACAAUCAGGUGGACAUGGCUAUAAAUCAUUAUAUAGAGGCGUCCUUGUCCUCCAAGGCAAUUGAAGCCGCCCUAACUUGUCGACAAUGGACCAGAGCCAUACAAUUGCUGGAGAGCGUUGAAUGUAGCAUGGCACAGCCGUAUCUUUGCCGGCUUGCUCACCAUUAUGAAGAUAUUGAUGAUACGCGUGAGGCUGAGCGCUUCUAUGUUGCUGCUGGAGCACCAGAGAAAGCGGUUGAAAUGUACACACGGGUCAACCUGUGGGACUGCGCUCAUAAAGUAGCUUCAUCUUACAUGGAGCCGCGUGAAGUAAGCCUCCUGUAUAUUUCCCAGGCGCAACAUCUCGAAGCAGAAGGAAAUCUUAAAGAUGCGGAGAAGCUAUAUUUGACAAUUGACGAACCAGACCUUGCAAUUAACAUGUACAAAAAGCAGCGCAAAUACGAUGCUAUGGUUCAGCUAGUUGAAAAGCAUCGACAGGAGCUUCUAAAGGAAACACAUCAAUAUCUUGCACAACACCUGGAGUCUGAAGGGAAUCUACGCGAUGCUGAGCAUCAUUACUGUGAAGCUAAUGAAUGGCUGUCUGCAGUGAAUAUGUAUCGAACAAAUGAUAUCUGGGAGGAAGCUAUGCGAGUUGCUACAAUGCACGGUGGACCGAAUGCCUCGAAGCGAGUUGCUUAUGCUUGGGCGCUAUCCCUUGGCGGCGAUGCUGGAGCCAAACUUCUGACAAAACAGGGUCUGAUUGAACCAGCAAUCGACUAUGCUGUAGAGUCGGGAGCUUUUGACCACGCGUUUGAACUAGCUCGCUCAGCUUGUCCUGAAAAGCUAUCUGAUGUACAUCUUAAGCACGCACUUUAUCUUGAAGACGAAGAACGUUACAAAGAAGCAGAGUUAGAAUUCAUUCAGGCAAGAAAGCCAAGAGAAGCAGUCGAUAUGUACAUUCAUCAGCAGGCAUGGUCUGAUGCGCUGGCAGUGGCAAAUACAUAUGACCCAACAGCAGCUUCGGACAUAUACAUUUCACAAGCGCGCGUAAAGGUCGAUGCUGGCAAAUAUCAGCAUGCGGAAGAGUUAUUCCUGUUAGCUGCCAAGCCAGAGUUGGCGCUCUCAAUGUAUAAAGAUGCGGGCAUGUGGGUGGAAGCACUGGCUCUCGCUGAGCGUCACCUACCACAUAUGCUCUCCAACGUUUCACUGGCAUACUCACAAGCUGAAGCCCGACGUGGAACUGGCGGCUCGAAGAUAAAUUUUAUCAGCACUGGUCAGCAACUGGAACAAAAAGGGCAGUGGGAUAGUGCCGUAGACGCUUAUUUAAAUGCUCGGCAAGAACUCAUCAAAGACCCAGGCGACUUGGAAGAAAUAUGGUACUGUGCUGUUGCGGUUGCACGGCAACACAUGCCGACAAAUAGAUGCCAUGAUAUAGUGGCCGACGUCUCUCGCAAAUUAAGGGAAAUAGGACGCCACGAAACAGCGGCUGAGCUCCUACGAGAGUCUAACGAUCUACGCGGGGCGAUUGAAUGUGCCAUUGAAGGCCGUUGCUGGGCGAAAGCUCGGGAAUUGGCGAUAGGUUCUAGUGAGUUUGAGGCUGAGGUUGAUCUCGCCUAUCAAGCUGCCCUCCGUUCUGCUGAAGACACAGAUGGGCUUUUUGAACUUGGGCACAGAGCAGCUGCAAUGGAUAUUUUGGUUGAACGCAGGGAGUGGGACAAGCUUUGGCAAAAGAUAGACUACGAGGGUUUUAACUUUUCUGUGCGUGCUAAAUACGCUGGAUUACAGGCUGCCCAGAUUACUUCGGAUGGGACAAAUUUAAUAAUGGCUGUUCAUACGUUAAACCAACAUGGUGCCCCCCCCCCCGGUUCAAACAUGAAGAUGUAUCGUGCAUUGGUCGUGGCUGUGCUUGGUCAAGAUCACUCACAAGUUCACUUGGAUCAAAAGCACCACAAAACUUUGGUGUCCGAACUGCGCAAUGUGCUCUUUGACCUAGGACGUUCAAAUAAGGAAACUCAACAUGAUGCUCUCGGCGUCCAUACUUCUGAUGGUUUUGAGCAGCUUCUGAUGGCGACUCACUACUACAAUUUAUAUCUCACAUGCAUGCAACAUGGUCUGAAAGGCAUCGCACUAAAAAUUUCUGUGACAUUGAUCCGAUAUGCGGGCAUCAUCCCCAUCGACAAAGUAUUCUAUUUGGCUGGCACAAUAGCGCGCGACCAAGGGCACGAUAAUUUGGCUUUUUUGCUUCUAAAUCGAUACAUUGAUCUUACUGAGGCAAUUGACGAAGAAAGUAUUGGCAACAUUGACAAUGCUGACUUUGCAGAUGCGACAAAUAUUCCGUUUCCUUUUGAUUUGCCUUCAAAGCAGUAUUUAGUAGAGGAGGAGGACCGUGAAGAAAUUAGGGAUUGGGUCUUGUCAACAUGUAUGGAUAAAUCCAUCGAUCAGCAGCUCCCCGGAAGCAAGUUGUCACUUGGUACAGUUUACGCCGGGCUUUAUGCCUCUGAUCUUCCUACCUGUAUUGUCACUGGGAGUCCUGUGCAAAAGUGGGAGCUUCUUCAAGUGAAUAACUCAAUUGCCAACAAGGUGGACUGGAACCAAUUUGUUCGAAAGGUAAAGCUAUGUCCAUGGACUCAAGUGGAACAAAACCCCAUUUAUUAG